UUAAGUCCGUCUUUAUUCGACGCCUCGGUUGAUACGCGACUGUUAUUUUCCUUCCUUCCUCGAGCCGAGGGGGCCAUUUCAUUUCAAACCCUAAAAAAUCUGGCUUGGAUAUUCAGUCAGACUCUCUCCAUUGAUUUGGAAUAACCAUUGAUUUGGACUCACGAAAAUCCAUCAAAGAAAAGAAGAAAAUGCAGCAGCAUAAUCAGAGGCUCAAAGAACAACAACAGCAGGCGUUGAUGCAGCAAGCGGCUCUCCUUCAACAGCAGUCUCUCUAUCAUCCUGGCCUUUUAGCUGCUGCUCCCCAGAUUGAGCCAAUCCCUAGUGGAAAUUUGCCUCCUGGUUUUGAUCCAAGUACAUGCCGCAGCGUAUAUGUGGGAAACAUUCAUACACAAGUGACAGAACCCCUCCUUCAAGAGGUUUUUUCAAGUACAGGCCCUAUUGAGGGGUGCAAGCUCGUUAGAAAGGAGAAGUCAUCCUAUGGAUUCAUUCAUUACUUUGAUCGGAGAUCAGCUGCCGUUGCUAUAUUGUCUCUUAAUGGAAGGCACCUUUUUGGACAGCCUAUCAAAGUCAAUUGGGCAUAUGCCAGUGGUCAGAGGGAAGACACAUCAAGUCAUUAUAACAUUUUUGUUGGUGAUCUCAGCUCUGAGGUUACUGAUGCUAUGUUGUUCGCAUGCUUCUCUGUGUACCCCAGUUGUUCUGAUGCAAGAGUGAUGUGGGAUCAAAAGACUGGGCGUUCAAGAGGGUUUGGAUUUGUUUCUUUCAGGAAUCAACAGGAAGCUCAAAGUGCAAUCAAUGACUUGACUGGAAAAUGGCUUGGUAGUAGGCAGAUCCGUUGUAACUGGGCUACAAAAGGUGCUGGAGCUAAUGAUGACAAGCAGAGCUCUGAUGCCAAAAGUGUGGUGGAACUAUCAAAUGGCUCUUCAGAGGAUGGUAAAGAGACAGCCAAUAAUGAUGGGCCCGAGAAUAACCCUCAACCUCAAUACACCACGGUUUAUGUGGGCAAUCUGGCUCCAGAGGUCAGUCAGCUUGAUCUACAUCGACACUUUCAUGCUCUUGGUGCAGGAGUAAUUGAGGAAGUUCGUAUCCAACGUGACAAGGGGUUUGGUUUUGUGAGAUAUAGUACCCACGCUGAAGCAGCUCUGGCUAUUCAGAUGGGAAAUACCCAGUCUAUGUUCUAUGGCAAGCAAAUCAAGUGCUCAUGGGGCAGCAAACCCACUCCACCCGGAACAAGUUCAAACCCACUUCCUCCACCGGUAGCCGCACCUAUGCCAGGGUUUUCGGCGAGUGAUGUCUUGGCCUAUGAGCGGCAACUAGCAAUGGCCAAGAUGGGCGGUGGUGUCCAUCCCCUCAUGCACCCCCAAGGGCAGCACCACCAUCUUCUUAAGCAGGCAGCUAUGGGAAUGGGUUCUGCCGGUGCUAGUCAAGCUAUUUAUGAUGGUGGCUUCCAGAAUGUAGCCGCCGCCCAACAGCUCAUGUAUUAUCAGUGAGAUGAGUUUCGACUCGGUUGUGACCUUGAUUUUCAUGGCCUUUCCAGGCCUUAUUUUAGUUUUCAAUCUGCUAGGGAGUUCUAAUGUUUCACUUUUCUUGAGCUACAUGGUUACGACUUUGUAGAUACGUGGCAUGUACGUUUUUCCUCUUUCUUAACUAUUUUGUAGGGGUGAGUCAACAAUUGUUAAGUGUGGGUGGCCUUUGAUUUGGACCUUUAUUAGUUGUAUUUGGUUAUCUAUGUACUGAAUUCCGGGUUUAGGAGUAA